AAUUAAGUUAAUUUCAUACCCAAAUUGUCCGAGAAAAGGAAAACAACACGAAUGAAGUGUAGGUCAUCACUCCUCCAAAUUUAGUAACGCGAUCACAAUGUGGAAGGAGAAGAGCCCCGGAGUCAAGAUUCUCUGGAUAUGGACGAUCGGCACCGCCGCCGUGCUUGUCACAAACGUUGCUACAAGUAGAGUAAGAGACAUGAACAAGUUGCUCGAUUCCCAGGAAGAAUCUUCUUCUCCUCAUGAUAUUGCUAACCCACAAACAACCGACUCCAUCAUAACAGAUAAGGAUCCAAAGCGGGUAGACAUGUGUGCUUGCUAG